AUGGCUCCCGAAUACAUUAGGAUUUUUACCAACUUUGCACCCGUGAUAUUUGAAUCCAUCAUCACAAUCGCUUCCCAACAAAUCCGCGCCUUACACCAUCGGCUCACCUACCACGCCUCUUCAGAUGCCCGCAAUGUGGUAGUGAUUGGAGGGUCUUUCGCCGGCCUCCAGCUAGCCAAACGGCUUUCCCAAACGUUGCCUUCUGGUUUCCGCGUAGUUGUCGUGGAAAGGAACUCGCAUUUCAAUUUCGCAUUCAAUUUCCCCCGCUACUCAGUUGUAGGGGAGGAGAGAAUGGCGUUCAUACCCUACAACGAUGUCUUCCGGGGAACACCCGAGGGCAGUUGGGUCUUACUUAGGGACACGGUAACUCAUGUUACUGAUGGAGAGCUCUUGCUACAGUCUGGACAGAAGCUGCCAUUUGAUUACUUGGCCAUUGCUACUGGCUUACAGCAACCCUUGCCAGCGAAGACGUUAUCACCCCAUAAAGAUGAGGCUUGUGCGGACCUAAGGAGCCUAAGGAUGAAGAUUCAACGGGCGGUAAGGAUAACAAUCGUUGGAGGUGGAGCUGUAGGAGUGCAACUAGCGGCCGACAUCAAAAGCGCCUUUCCUGCCAAGGAGGUUGCACUGAUACAUUCGAGGGAAAGGGUAUUGAAUAGUUUUGGAAAAAGGUUGAGCAAUUUCGUGGAGGCGAAAUUGGACGAGAUGGGCAUCAAAGUCAUGCUGAAAGAGAGACCACAUAUGCAGUCAAUGCAUAUAGGAGCUGGAGCCGUAUACGGCGGCAUUCAAAAUGGCGUGGCUUUAGUCUUCCAGGAUGGUAGCGAAAAAGAGUUCGAUCUGGUUAUUCCAUGUGUUGGCGCAACGCCGAAUACGAAAUUCCUCUCCUCUUUCGUCCCAUCCAACUUCUCAAGGACAACAGGGCGCAUACUGGUCCGACGAACUCUGCAGCUCGCGGAUGACGCUCACCUGAACAUUUUUGCUCUCGGCGAUGUCGCCGAGACUGAAGGUCCAAAGAUGGGGAGAACCGCAAUGGCACAGGCUGAGCUUGUGUGUAAGAAUAUCUUGGCAUUGAUCAAAGGGACCAAGCUGCGCCCGUACGAACCUAAGGCGAUUGACGGCAUGUUGAACUUAACCUUAGGCCUGGUGGGUUUCUAA